UCAACAUAGCUCAGCAAGUUAUCCUGGACAUCUAUACUCACUCAGAAAACGCGACUCAACCAUGGAUGCCAAUAGACGUGGAACCGAAGUUAGAAACCCAGUGCAUUAUGACACGAUCGUUCUCGGUGCAGGAAUCUCGGGACUCGCAUUCGCAUCCAGACUACUCCAAGAACAGGGCAAUAUCAGUGAGGCCAACCAACUGCAAGUACUUGAGGCCCGUGACCGCAUUGGUGGCCGCAUAGCUUCUGUUCAUGUUGAGGAUUGUCGCUUGGACACUGGCGCGAACUGGAUCCACGGAACCGGAGACGCAGAGAGACCGAAUCCGCUCAUGGACAUCCUUCCAAACAAGCGAUAUAGACCGAUGGAAGGAUCUGUUUUAUUCAGAGCACCAGGUGAAGAGGAUGAUACACAUACUGGCGGCAGCUUGUUGGUUCCUACCCGUGUGGCUGGGUUGAUAGUUGUAUGCGCUCAAAGCGCAAUGGAAGCUGUGCAAGAUUCUGCUUCCAUUCCGGCAGAAUUCGCAAAGAACAUUUCUGUUUUGCAGUUCUUGGUAAGCACAAAAGCUUUCCAGAGUGCAUUUGAACUGGUGCCAAAAGAAUACCACCGCACGCUAGGCGCUUUGUUCCAGGGCAUAGAAGGAAUCGAAGCUGCUCCACUUGUUGCGCAAUCCACCGAGCCCAGACGCCCUGAGAGCAAGCCUGGAGUGGGCAUACUGGAAUACGCAGUAGAUUAUUUCAAUGGCGAACAAGCUUUUCUUCAGGAUGGAUAUACAGCAGUCGUUGACGAAUUCGCUAAACCACUCGCGAAUGCUGACGCCAUCACUUUGGAAACCGUCAUAACUCGAGUCUUUUGGGCCAGGAAUCCCAUUGUCAUCGAAACAAAUCGUGGAGAUUUCACCGCGAGGGAAGUGGUGUGCACAUUUCCCCUAGGCGUACUCAAAGACAGCAAUGCAGAUGCACUGUUUGUGCCGAAUCUACCAGAGGACAAGCAAGAAGCCAUCAACAAUCUUGGAUUUGGGACACUGGAUAAGGUGUUUGCGAUCUACUCUACGCCCUGGUGGAAUGACGAGCCUUACCGCUCUAUUCUUAUCCAAACGGAGGGACAGGAUGAGACAGAAUUGCCCGAUUCAUUUCUAGGUUUUGCUUCCGGGCUGGGCGGCAUCUUCAUCGACCGCAAUGGCUCUGUCUCCCCCGGUGUAUAUAGAACGCCGGUUAUGAAUCUGCACAGUUUGACCGGUCAACCCGUGCUUUGCACCUUUGUCUCCUGCAAGACCGCCACCGAAGUUGAAGCAAUGGCCGAUGAAGACAUCGGUGCACUAUUCCAUCGUACUCUUACCGAGUGGUUCGGCAUUGAGCCGCCAGCGCCAAACGCCAUACAUGUCACACGGUGGUCACAAGACCCUUAUUCAAGAGGCUCUUACAGCCAUUACAUCACCGGUUUGUCCGAAGCCAAACACAGAAAGGUCUUGCAGGAGCCUAUAAUCAACGAAUUCGGCGGCGUACUUCGAUUUGCCGGCGAACAUUGCUCUCAGGAUCAUUUUGCUAUGGUUCACGGUGCCCUACUAGACGGUUGGAGAGCUGCUGAAGCAUCGUUGCAGCAUUCGCCUCGAUCGUGA